UUUUCACUUUAAAAUAGUUGUUUGCUUAUGUAACUAGCUACUAACAAAUAGUUUUUGUGGCUGUUGAAUAUUAGUUCAAGUGAAGUCAAUAAACCUCAGUAAUAGAGGUUAAUGAAUGAAACAUUGGCCAUAGAACUGGAAGAGGUACAUUGCCAUUAGCGAGCUCCCUGUUUCUCUACUGCUUGCCUGUGCAGAAGGAUCUGGUUUCACACACCUGACAACUGUGCAUCGAAACAGUGUGCUGUGUGGCUCUACACCGUUUCUGUGUCUCCUGCUGUUUUUAUGAAGCAGUUUUCAUUCCGAGGAAAAAGAAUGGAUCUUGAAAACCAGACAUCAGGAAUUCGAUCAUAGAGGCUUAAUGAGAUGUCUGUGUCAUGGGCACAGAGCGUGAGGAGAACAAGCAGGCGAGCAGAGAUGAUGAUGCAUCUCAACAGGACACUGCCAGUAUUGCAGAUGUGUCUGUGGAGGUGGCCACAGUGGACCACACUCUGCAGAGGCUGCGCAGGAAGUACAGAAAGACCAGACGAAAGCCCAAGGGCCUCAAGAAGCUGUGGGCCCGUCUGUUGAACAUCCCGCAUCUUGCUGUCAUCAUCGCAGUGGUGGUGUUUGUGGUGGUGGUUAUCAUGUGGUCACUGCUAUGGGUCUUCAUAUUUCGCAGGGAAAGCAACAGUGGAGCGUAUUUUGCCGGCAUGUUCCGUCUUGCCAACAUGGAGUUUAUCCCAGAGUACCGCCAGGCAGAAUCCAGUGAGUUUGUAUCCAUGGCAAACAAAAUCCAACAUGUGGUGAGCAACGUGUACAAGAUGUCCUCAGUGGCAAGACUGUACAAGCAAGCUGUCAUUUCAGACCUCAGUAACAACAAUAAGGGCGGUGUGCUGGUGCAUUUCUGGAUGGUGUUUGUGGUCCCUCGUCUAAAAAGCCCAGCAGUGUGUGAGGAGUGUGUAGGCGCCAUUUUCAGAGACUCUGUCCACACAAGCCUCAAGAACAGGUCCUCUGUAGGCUACCUACUGGGAUUUCCAGUUGAUAUAGACUCCAUUCUCAUCAAUGCUGUUCAGCGCUCAGAUUAUACAUCAAAUGCAGCAGGCUCACAGUGUGUAGAUAAGAUGUAUGCCAACCUUCCUGGGGCAAGGGUCCCUUUAAACAUCUUUUCAUCAUGGGGUGGUGUGAGUUGCCAUGUAAAGCUCACUGCUGUCCCAGGGUCUAAUAUCCGUCUGACCAUCACCUCGUUCCUCAUUGAGCCCAGUGACUGUGUGAAUGAUGCCCUGACUGUGUACGAUGCUCUUCUGCCCAUGAGAGGGCGCAUUCUACACAGGUUGUGUGAGCCAGUGUCAACCUCCUUCUCCCUUGUCUCUACCUCCAAUGUCAUGUUGCUGUCCUUCAGAAUGACAAGUGGCAACAAGACCUUCAGAGGACAUUUUGAGGCCAUCGCUGAGAAAAUGUGUAUGUCUCAUAUUGAGACCCAGUUGGAGCCUGAUAUCACUGGUCAGAUCUACAGCCCCUUCCACCCCAGCCUGUUGCCCCCUCAGUGCUCCUGCACCUGGAAGUUUGAGACGUCUAAUAGUGCUUUAGGAGUUGCUCUGCAGUUUCAGAACUAUGUACUGAAACCAAAGGACAUGAAGAGCUGUGACCACGGCUGGUGGAAGGUUAAUGAAAUCAUUUUCUGUGGCAACUACGUGGGACACCGCACGGUGUUUCGGAUCGCUGACCACAGCCCAGACGUGGAGUUUCGCUGCAGCUCACAUAACUCUGCUCAGCCGUUUCAGGCAUCUUACAGCAGCUACAAUAUCAGCCGACCCUGUCCAGAGAGCCAUUUCCUGUGCUCCACAGGACUGUGUGUGGAGAAGAGCCGACGCUGUGAUGGCCUUGAUGACUGCCAGGAUGAGAGUGACGAGGUCUUCUGCUCGAGGCCCUCAAUGAACUGUGGUAGCAGCAGUCCUCUGCAUCCUCUGUUUGUGUGCAAUGGAGAGACUGACUGCACUGAUGGAAGAGAUGAGAUCAACUGCACUCAGGAAACAACCUGCUCUGCGAUCAGUUAUCAGUGCAGCAGUGGCCCUUGCAUCCUGAAGAAGAAUGCUAAAUGUGAUGGUGUUCACGACUGUCAGGACCACAGUGAUGAGGCGGACUGUGCCUGUGGUCGUCCCUCGCCGGUGAAGAAGGUGGGUUUACCCACAGGCCCUGCACGCAUCGUGGGUGGAGUUAACUCUAUGGAAGGGGAAUGGCCGUGGCAGGUCAGCCUCCAUUUCUCUGGUAACCUGUAUUGUGGGGCCUCUGUCCUCUCGUCUAACUGGCUCAUCUCAGCUGCACACUGCUUCAGCAAGGAAAGGCUGUCUGACCCACGUAACUGGAACGCUCAUCUUGGCAUGCUGACGCAGGGCAGUGCCAAACACGUGGCUGAGAUCCAGCGGAUUGUGGUGCACGAGUAUUAUAACACAUACACGUUUGACUAUGACAUUGCCCUGCUGCAGCUGAAGAAGCCCUGGCCUUCUUCCCUCGGCCCGCUGGUCCAGCCUGUGUGCCUGCCAUCCACCUCCCACACUGUCACGGACAGCCACCGUUGCUGGGUCACCGGGUGGGGAUACCGCUCUGAGGAGGACAAGGUGCUGCCCUCAGUCCUACAGAAAGCAGAGGUUUCCAUACUGAGUCAGACUGAGUGUAAGAAGAGCUACGGCCCUGUCUCACCACGCAUGCUGUGUGCCGGGAUCCCUUCUGGAGAGAGGGACGCCUGUAGGGGAGAUUCAGGGGGUCCUCUGUCCUGUCAGGCAUCAGGGGGUCGCUGGUUCCUGAUUGGCAUUGUCAGCUGGGGGGCGGGAUGUGGAAGACCAAACCUGCCCGGGGUCUACACUAGGGUCAACAAGUUCACCUCUUGGAUCUACAGCCAUAUUAGCUGACAUGAUGAAACUCAUCAUCCUCUGGCAGCAGAUGUUUAAAUAUUCAAUUGCUCACAGCAAAUAAU